AUGGUAAUAAGAAUGGUUUUACGUAAAAAUUAAAAGACAGGUUUAUAACCUCUGCCUUUUAUAGCUAUUGUAUCUGCUGCACAUGUGAGAGCAAACUUUGUUUUGAAGCCCCUUUUACCCUUGUCCAGUGGGUAGCGGACAGGUAAACACGUCUGCGGGGACGAGAUUAAUGAUGAUUGGUUGAAGGGCUAGAAUUUACUCUAGGUAUAUUAAUUAUUAUAAGUUUAAGGGUCCUUUUAGCAAAUAAAGAUAACAUAGUAAUUUGUCUAGUAAAGAAGCAUUUAAUACUGGCCUCAGUUGUUCAAACAUCGAACAGGGCUAUAUAUCCACCGGACGAAUCACUAUCCUGGGAAUACGUGUUAGGAAAACUAAUUAUAAAGUUAUCCAUUGGAUAGAGAGUUAUCCAGUGGAUAGCGUUAUCUAACUUUUUAACAAAUGGAGACUGAUGGUUAAAUUCGAUAAAAACCAUUAAAAAUUAUCAGAGUGAUUAGGUUGCGUCUUUGUAAAUUUGGGUAAUCUUGGCUGUUAAUUUCACAGGUUCCUACCCUAGCAUCUGAAGGCAGUGCAAUCGAAGUACAAAGUGUGAGUGGCGACACCGAGGUACUCAUACAAAAAGAACUUCUAAAUGUGAUGGCUGAGGACUUGGCAGCUAAAGUAAUAAGCAGUAGUUUAAGAGAGGUUGCUGAAAUCGAUUUACAAGAAGAGGGGGUCUCUGUUGUCGCACAUGAGGUCGAUGAAGCGAAAAAGGAAAACAGCGCUGUUAAAUUUGUACCCGACUUUGCAAUCGAGUUAGAAAGUGUACGUGGGGCGACUGAGGUACUCGUACGAGACGAAAUCCUAAAUGUGAUUUCUGACGACUUGGCAGCGGAAGCAAUAACCAACAGUUUAAGAGAAUUGGAAAGCGCCUCUUUGGCUGAAGACAUUGCAUCUGAGGCAGAGAAAAUAAUCCCAGGGGUCACCUGCGAAUUGACUGAUAAUGUGAUGGAGCUUGAAUCUGAAGAUCCCAAGGUGCAUGAAAGUGCCAAAAAAACCUUGAGUGACGUCCCAAGUGAAGAUGCCAAGCUCAGCAACAAAGUGCAUGAGUGCACAUUAGAGUGGGAAACCGUCAGUGCAGUUCAACCAGAAAUUGCCAUGGAGUUUGAAAAUAUAACUGCAGUCACUGAGAUUCAUUCACAGGAAGAGGUUGUCUCUGUUGUCGCACAUGAGUUCGGUGAAGCGAAAAAGGAAAACAGCGCUGUGAAAUUAGUUUCCGACUUUGCAAUCGAGUUAGAAAGUGUACGUGGGGCGACUGAGGUACAAGUACAAGAAGAACUUAUAAAUGUGACCGCUGAAGACUUGGCAGCUGAAGCAAUUACACGCAGUUUAACAGAAUUGGAAAGCGCCUCUUUGGUUGAAGACAUUGCAUCUGAAGCAGAAAAAACAAUCUCAGGGGUCACCUGCGAAUUGACUGACAGUGUGAUUGAGCCUGAAUCUGAAGAUCCCGAGGUGCAUGAAAGAGUCAAAGAAACCUUGAGUGACGUCCCAAGUGAAGAUGACAAGCUCAGCAACAAGGUGCAUGAUUGCACAUCAGAAUGGGAAACCGUCGGUGCAGUUCAACCAGAAAUUGCCAUGGAGUUUGAAAAUAUUACUGCAGUCACUGAGAUCCAUUCACAGGAAGAGGUUGUCUCUGUUGUCGCAUAUGAGUUCGGUGAAGCGAAAAAGGAAAACAGCGCUGUAAAAUUAGUUUCCGACUUUGCAAUCGAGUUAGAAAGUGUACGUGGGGCGACUGAGGUACAUGUACAAGAAGAACUCAUAAAUGUGACCGCUGAAGACUUGGUAGCUGAAGCAAUUACACGCAGUUUAACAGAAUUGGAAAGCGCCUCUUUGGUUGAAGACAUUGCAUCUGAAGCAGAAAAAACAAUCUCAGGGGUCACCUGCGAAUUGACUGAUAGUGUGAUCGAGCCUGAAUUUGAAGAUCCCGAGGUGCAUGAAAGAGUCAAAGAAACCUUGAGUGACGUCCCAAGUGAAGAUGACAAGCUCAGCAACAAAGCCUAUGAGUGCACAUUAGAAUGGAAAACUGUCAGUGCAAUUCAACCAGAAAUUGCAGUGGAGUUUGAAAACGUAACUGCAGCCACUGAGAUGUGUUUACAACAAGAGGUUGUCCCUGUUGUCGCACACGAGGCCAGUGAAGCGAAAAAGGAAAACAGCGCUGUAAAAAUAGUUUCCGACUUUGCAAUCGAGUUAGAAAGUGUACGUGGGGCGACUGAGGUACAAGUACAAGAAGAACUUCUAAAUGUGAUCGCUGAAGACUUGACAGCUGAAGUAAUUACAAGCAGUUUAAGAGAAUUGGAAAGCCUCGCUUUGGCUGAAGACAUUGCACCUGAGGCAGAAAUAAUCCAGGCCGUCGUCUGCGAAUUGACUGAUAGUGUGAUUGAGCUUGAGUCUGAGGAUGUAGUACUGGAUGAAGUCAGUCAAACCUCGGUUGAUAUUAUUGUUGACAAACUCAGCGGUACAGUGGAGGGGAGUGAGUGCAUGUUAGGAUGGGAAACCGUCGGUGUAAUUGAGUCCGAAGUUGCGGCCGAGUUUGAGGGUGUAACUGAGGUUCCUGACAUUCUCGUGCAAGAAAAAAUCAUCCCCAGUGUCGUCCAUGAGUCGAGCGCCGCAGAAGUAAAACUUGACCUUUCUUUCGAGCCACAAAGUGUUACAGCGGCCAUUGAUUUUCCUCUCGAACAGCGAAAUUCCACAAGAAUUACUCGCGAGUCCGUUUUACCAAAAAGUGAUAGUGCCCGCGAGUUUUUCCCAGAAUGUUCACUCCUGAUGGAAUAUGGCAGUGAUGUUUCCGUGAUCUCCAAUGAAGUUGCAGCUGCAGAAGUAAAAACAUCCUGUACGUUCUGGCCUGAAAGUUCAUUGGACUUGAAGAGUGUAAGUGAGGUCGUUCAAUCUUCUUUAGAAAUAGACACUAGGGCCAUUUAUACGAGGAAAAAUAAGACGCGUCUUAAAUAAGACACGAACUGUACCGUUUAUAGAAGCAAUCUUCGUUAUAAAUAAUGACACCCGUGACUGAAUCAACGUUACGCCAAAAAUUAACGCAUGCGCACGUAUUGGGCUGCAAGGCCGACCGUUCAUAAAACGCGUAUUGUUUAGUGGUCGUCGCGUCUUAUUUUAGACGAAAUCCUCUUCGCGUCAAUCCUAUGUAAAUUAAAAAUGGACCUGUCUGAUCGACUCUAAAUUGGGCUGCAGGCCGACCGUUCAUAAAAUAUUGUUUAGUGGUCGCUUGAUGGUAAAGAAAUUAAAAAGGUCUGAUUUAGCCUUGCCUUUCUUGAUUCAUGCCAUUUUCAGUAUAAUCAAGGCCACGUUGGGUCUCUUUCCAAACUAUGAAUAUGCAGCUUUAAAUUUGCACAAAUAGAUACAAACAAACCACACCCACCCAUAUAUCAUGUGUAAAAUUUGUUCUAGGAACUACUUUGUUUUAAUAUGCAUUUUUUUGCCUUCAGAUUGAAAUGUGUGCAGCUGAAUGCUCAGAUCCCAACGAUGAUAUUAUUGGAAAGAAGACCAUGCCAAACAGAGAAUUUGAACUAAGCUGGUAAGACUUUCCCUUAGCAGAAUGCUAAGAGGGAGUGAUCGAUUUCUUGAUUCCCCACAAUCUUAAUCCCGGCAAAAUUCAAGAUUACGGUACAAAGUAUUUCGAAGUAAGUGCACUUAAAUAAUGUGCUGAGUUUAAGCUUCUUUUUGUUUGGCUUCGGUCGAAACGUAUUUAGACAAGCUGGAAUUGAACCGAUGUUUGUAACCUUUGUUUGUUUUCUAUAUUCCAGCAACGCAGCACAAGUUCGAUGUCAACAUGUUUUUAAAAAGUUGUUGUAAUUUACCUUGUGUCACGUUGCUGGCUUCAGCGUUUUAACUGCAUGACGGAUUUCAAACAGAAGAUUUCAGCAGACUGGAGCUUGGGUAUAAAUUACUGUAGUUGCGCACGACCAAGUAUGGUAGUCAUGUAUGAGAUCUUUACAAGGUGUUUCAUGAUAUGGAUGUUUAAAAUUCUGGUUCUUUGCGAAGAAAAUAGAUAAAACGGUAUAGCAUAUAAUAGCCUGCUGACAGGUUCUGCGAAUUAGCCUUAGUUUAUACUGUAAAUAGAGGGAGACAAACAAGAUCAAUACGCGCUUGAAAGUCGCGAGCUUCCAACUAGGAAGUUUGCAUGUAAACAGGAGGAAAACUGGAACGUAUAGGUGACCGUUACCUGUGGUCUUUUUUAUAUUUCAGCAUGGCCGGGAAAGUCGACCAACAUGUUUUAAACGCUAAAGCCGUCGAGUUCAUCCCACGCUUUUCAACAACUAGCUUUUUUGGAACAGACAAAGUUGCCAAACUGGAGCGCGGGUAUGUUUUAUAUUAAUUUUUAUUUCCAUUGCGCAGUGAGGACGUUACUCAUAUGUGAGAGCUAACUGAGAUAUUAUUUUACACAAGUGUGCGUGCAAACCAAACGAAAAGUUCUUCGGUCCUUUAGGAUCUUCCUCCUACCAUGUACCUGUAAACAACGCUCUGAGCUUUCAAGCCAACUAGUAGGUCACUGAAACACACUGUACCAUGACUCGACUUUAAAAGCUAUCUUUAUAAAAAACCUGCCAAGUAUCGCACUAGCUCAACUUCAACAAACUGCUUCAGGUUUUUCCUGUCAGAAUGUAGGCGAAUCUGUUAAGUCUCUUGGCUACUUUCCAGCCUCUCACGCCUAAACCGAGUAGUCUCACAGUGAUCCAUUUUAGGCCUUCUUCUCUUUUCACACUUGCCUGUGAUCAUUUAAGUUCGAGCAAACCAAUAAAAGUGUGAACUAGAAGCUUGAUCCCUUUAAGUUGAAAUCUUGAUGUGAAUAUUGGCCUGCUUUUCUUUGCUGUUAAUUGGCAAAGCAAACUGGAUCUUUCUGUUUAUUGUCACCUGUCGUCUUUUAAAUUUUUCAGAACUGAAGGACAAAUUGACCAACACCACCACGUUUUAAACCCUGACGCGGAUGAAUUCAUCCCAGGCUUUCAAGCAACUCGUGCAUUUGAAACAAACGUUUUUGGCAAACUGGAGCUUGGGUAUAAAUCAUACUUUGCAUUUCUAUUGCGCAUUUAUUUAUAUGGGUCGUUAAUCAUUUAUGAGAACUAACUGGUUAAUGUUAGGUAUAGCUGAUAGUCCACGGGUACUUUUGAGAAGCAUUAUAACUUCAUAGCAUAUUAACUUGGCUCACUUGUAGUGAGUCUUGGCCUGUCUUUCUUUGACUUUAAACGUAACAGGAAUCUAGGAAAACUGGAACGUGCUGGUUACCGUUGCCUGUCGUCUUUUUUUAAUAUUUCAGCAUUGCUGGACAGGACGACCAACGUCAUAUAUUGAACCCUAACGCUGAUACAUUUAUUCCACGCUUUCAAGCAACGGGGAAUUCAAACAGACGAUUUUGGCACACCAGAGUUUGGGUAUGUAUUUUGUUUAAUUUCUAUUGUGCACCUAGGAAGCUUAUCAUUUAUGAGAACUAACUGGAGUACUGUAUGGAAUAUAAUUAUGCAGGUAUUCUGGCCCUUUGAGAGGAAAUUUUGUCAGAGAUACUCAUAGUCUGCUGACGUGGUUUUGUGACUUAAGUUCUGUUAAUGUGGAAGAAUCGAAGGAAGACAAAUCAAGCGAGAAGAAUAUGCGCCUGAGUAACGUCCGUUAGUUUCUCACAAGAAUUAUGUCAAGUAACAAAAAUGAGAAGUAAUUCCGCCUCCUAGGAUCUUCUUCCAGUGCACUGCUUUUCACCCAAUUUUUGUAGCAACAUGAACAUGCCCAGUAA